AUGGGGAGCCCGCGCGGGCCGCAUCCGGGGCCCGACCGAGCCCCGGGCGCCCCUGCGCCCGAGCCGCCGCGCUCGCUCCCUCGUCUCGCGCCUGCCACCGCCGCCACGCGCGCCUCCUCCCGCCGUCGCACGCACAGGCCGCCGCUGUCCUGCGCCGCACCUCUGCCGUUCCGCCGCCAUUCCCGGGCGCUCACCGGACCCGCGCCCUCCGGUGUCCUCCGCCGCAGUCCACCUCAACCCUGCCGGCCCCAGGAUCUCGCCGCUGCCGCCAUGGACCUCCGGCGAGCUCCGAACGCCGGGUUCCCGUCGAUCUCCACCACCGCCACCCGGAUCCGGCCUCUCCACCACCCGGUGCACGUCUCCCGCGCCGUCCCCGACGUCCUUGACGUUUCGCCGACCAUGCCGGCGUGCAGCUCCGGCGAGGCCUCCUUCAACCCCGCGUCGGGACCCCUCCGUCCAGGGUCCGAGCGAACCCUCGAGCCAAACGCGCCUCUGCACGCUGCCCUGCUCCGUCUCGUCCUAGGGACAGCGAGAUUCACUUUUCCAGAGGGUAUAAUUUUCUCAAGUCCCUAG